CGAGUUCCAACCAAUGGGUCGAUGGCGGGGGAGAAUGGGAAUGGGCGAAAUACGAUGCGACAAUCGACAUGGAUUGCAACCCACGUGAGCUUUAUUCGUUUUCGUGUCAGCUGAAUGAUUCGAGAGUGUCAGAUUUUGUCGAGCAAAACCUAUCUGGUAACACCCUCGUUUAAGACAGACAACAUGAUCCACCCUCCGUCGCUCUGCACGGUACGCAGUUCUUCGACAGCGCUCUUGCCCCCGCUCUCUCUCUCUCUCUCUCUCUCGCGCGCUCGCGCGCGCCACCGGCAUUGAAAGGCAGCGACCGUCAUGACUUUCGGUCGCAGGAUGCAGCGAGGAUGCACUGCCCUCCACGUGACUGCGAUUCCUCGCCGCAGGCGCAUGAUUCGUCCAUGUCAGCGUCUGUCGAUUUUUUGCGACUCGCUGAUUAAGAUGGACCCAGUGGCAACUUGCAGCAGCACAAGUCCCGUCCUGCGCGGGAACCACGUCGGAACGAGGGCACCGGGCUCGCCCGCGCGCCGCGUUCCGGUGACAACCCGAAAGCAGAGCCGAUUGAUUGCGCUCCGCCUGAUGAUGUUUGAUGCUAUUGAAUGUCUGCUGGUCCAGCUUUUCCAGCACCCUUUAUUUAUUUUCCUGUCUGUCGUCAGUCGUCGGGCGAUCCGCUACUUUUCACGACCUUCGCUUCCAGGCCCGCUUGCCUAGCCUAGCCUAGCCUCUGCAGCCGGUCACAGCCCGAGCGCUUCCUCCCUCCGAAAAUAUCGCCAAAUUAAUGAGCGCUGCCAAAUUUAGGAGGAGGCCAUUUUGUAGAGGGAGUACGACUCUUGGACGUCCCGAGGGUGAAAGGGUUUGGCGCAAGUGCGAGUACGAAGGCUGAGCCUCGUGCGAGAAGGGGAGCCCUGCUGGGCCCCGGAGAGGGAGCAGAUCGAGCGAGGGCCGACGUGAAACGCAGCGAGUGAGAGUCCAGCUUCCGAGAAAUAAUGCCUGUGUCCUGAAUCUGGGACACCCUCGAACCGGACUUUCGAGCGGCGGGCAGUCAAAAGAAAAGGAAGACCGUCCGUGUCACGCGAGCGAGCGGGUUGCGUGAUUUGGGCUCUCGGAUGAAGAGAGGACAAGCGACACGGGUGAAAUUUGAUCGCAGGUCCGAGGAGGGUGCGCGACGCGACGUCAGUCAUUCACUCAACGAGAUCCGGAGAUGAGAAGUCAAUUGUCCAUGCCCUGCCAUGCCCGCCCGGGACCCCUGGUUGCUGCUGUCGAGCAGAGCUCAACACGCGAACACUUCUCAACAACUUCUUGUUCGCCCCGCGCUCCAUCUUCUGGAAUCUCGAAAGGUCAGGAAGGUUAAAGCGAAAUUGCGCAAGCCCUCUUGCACUCCGAGGCACCCUCCAACUGCUACUACCCAUACCCAGACCCAUCCCCACUCCUGCCGCACAGCAGGAUUCCCAAAUGCGGGACGGUGAGCUGCUGGGAACCUUCUUCAUCACGCCACUCUGAGCCGGAAGAGGCACCGGGAGAGAAGGCCCAUGAGGAAGAGUUUAGGCAUCGACGAAAUGGGUGGAUGUGAAUAAGAUUCGGGCGGGCGACGAUUCAAGGUCAAAGGCACCGGCGAUAUAAUGUUUCGAGUGCCAGAGCUGGGGCCGAGCAAGGCCGGAAAGUCGAGAAUAGAGAAGCGAGGCCCGGAGGUGGAUGCACGCAGCAUGGUCCGACAAGAUGGUCAGAGGAGGCUUACAAUAGUCAGGCAACUCUGACAGGGCCUAGAGGAUCCUAGGGACACCACUGGCAGCUUUUCUCGCUCGCUCGCCCGCUCGCUUUUAAUAUAUUUUGGUGGCAGCCUUAAAAGACAGAUGCAUGUUGAGGUUUUCCGACAAAAAGUGGGCUUCCCAGUGCAUGUUCGCCUAACAUUGGCGGGCACCGCCUACUUUGGCGAAGAAUUUCGUUCCCGUUCGUGCUCAUGCUAUCUUCUUUCUCUUGAGAAUCGCUUAUUGUGUGGUGAGGCACCGACCAAUGACACCCAUUUUUUAUUCUGCCAUUUGCCUUUUGAGAAAAGUGGAAAGAUGGGGGAUGCCGAAACCAGGGAUUUGGAUUUCAUUCGAGGAUCGAGUGCGGACGAGUGCACCGUUCGUUCUCGCAGAUUGUGAACGACACUCGCUGAGUGAGGAGCAGAAUCACCGACCGAGACGAGUUUUGUAACCAGGUGGUCAGCAGCAUCUUGAGGUGGUUCAUUUGUUCGCGAGGGAAAUUCAAAGAUGUGCACGCUCGUACCGCAGAAACCAAUGCCGUGACUUGAUUUGCUCGAAGGACGAGCAGAUUGCAUUCUCAUUUCUUCAGGUGCCGCGGGCACUAUUUUUAAUGUUCUUAUCCUCAUGGAGCAGUAUGUUGUUCCUUUUCGCUUGAAACCUUUUCCAAUGUGGAUGAGCAUCAGGGACAAACGGUCAAAGCGGAAUUGUUUUCAUUGUUACUAACAAACAGGUAGCCACUGUGGAUGAUUGAUAGUUAUCUCUUUUCUAUCGUUGUAGGUUUCCAUAUGAGCAGGUACACCAAAUCUCUACACCGUGGCUGUACUACUUGUACUGACUACAUACAUUCACGUAGAUGGCCUGGACAUGGAUCUGACAGAAUUUCUUCGGCUUUCAUUGAAACAAAAUCAUCAAAGUCUUACGCGGUUUCAUUCGACAUCUCUCCAUACUUACCAUAGCGGCUGACUGUUCUCAAAUAGGUUGGGUUGAAGCUCCACCCCACCUUUCAUUCGACAGAACUGAGAGCGUUUUGCUAAGAUAGAAAAUGCCAGAUAGUAACAAAAUUUUAGGAUUUCUACGAAAUCACACCCUCCAUUUUUGGCCUUGUACUAUGAUUCUAUCCGAGGUAAGCCAAGGACCUCCGGGUCUGAUGCGAAAAAGCAGAUUUUGCUGCACCAAUUUUCAC